UUUGUUUGAAUUUUUGUAAUUUUUAUUCAUCCACUAUUUAAAAUCGAUUGUUUAUCUAUCUAUAUAAAAAUACAAAUUGAAAAUCAUUGAUAUGAUAAUCUGUAAAUUGAUUAGUACUAAUAAUUUAAUACCUGAUCAAUUAGUUGAAUCAGGUCAAACAUUUAUUAUUGGCCGUAAUCGACAAUGUCGAAUUAAGAAUCUAAAUUGUUCAAGAAAUUUUUGUAAAAUUCAAUUAUUGAAUGAAAAAAAAUUAUCGGUUGAAUAUUUAAAAGAUGGUCGAAUUGUUCGAAUGAAAUCUGGUGAAUUUCUUAAUGGUCCUGGAUUUUCAUAUAAAAUUUCUUUGAUUAAUGAUUCAAUGAAAAGUGAUGCAAUGACUGAAGAUAAAAUUUCCUGGAUUGAAAUCGAAUCUGGUAAUGUAUUGAUUGGUUCAAAAUUUGGUGGUGAUCGAUGUUCUUCGGAUAAAAUUGCCGGAUUUGAUUUUGAUUUUACAUUGGUCAGUACAAAAAGUGCGAAAUCAUUUCCAAUUGAUGAAAAUGAUUGGAAAUUAUUUGAUCAACGAUUGCCCGAAUACAUUCAACAAUUAGUCAAUGAACAAGGCUAUCGUUUUGUUAUAUUUUCUAAUCAAUUGGGAAUAUCGAAAGGUAAAAUUACGGUUGAUUUUGUUAAAAAACGUUUUGAAAAUUCAUUAAAAGGAAUGCAAGUACCUUGUUUGAUAAUGAUUGCUACAAAAGAUGAUAUUUAUCGUAAACCAUGUACUGGUCUUUGGGAUCAUCUUGUACAGUAUGUUCAACCAGAAAUCGAAAUCAAUAUGCAACAAUGUUUUUAUGUAGGCGAUGCAGCAGGUCGUCCAAAAACGACUACGAAAAAAGCCGAUUUCAGUGCAUCGGAUCUUUUGUUUGCAAUGAAUAUUGGUGUGAAUUUUUUAACACCCGAACAAUUCAUUAAUCAUAUGACCAAAUAUAAGCAAUUCGAAUAUCAGCAAUUGGAAAAUAAUUCACCAACAUUACCGGAAAAAUGUUUCAAAGUUGGUAAUAAUGAAAAUGAAUCGAAUUUUUUGCUUACAAAUCGAUUAACAGGAGAAAAAAUUAAUGAUCUUCAAUCAAUAUUGCCAACAAAUGUUCAUUGUAUAAUAUUUUGUGGUAUAUCUGGUUCGGGAAAGACAACAUUUUUUGAAAAUUAUUUACAACCAUUGAAUUAUGUACAUAUAAAUUAUGAUCAACUUAAAACCAAUCAAAAAUGUCAAUCAUUAGCAAAAAAAUCAAUGUCCGAACAACGUAAUAUUGUUAUCGAUAAUACAAAUAUUGAACGAAAUUCUCGACAACAAUGGAUUAAUCUUUGCAAACAAAAUGGCUAUGAAUAUCUUAUAUUCUAUUUUGAACUUUCAUUAAAACAUGUUUUCCACAAUAAUAAAUUUCGACAAAUAACCGGAAUUCAUAAAUCCGUACCGGAUGUUGUCAUCUAUACACAGAAUAAAAAAUUCGAAUCAAUUAAUAAUGAUGAAUGUCAACAACAAUUUACCAUUAAUUUUAAUCCAAAAUUCACUGAAUCAAAUCACCAAAAAUUAUAUUCUUUGUAUUUAAUUGAAAAAUGAAAUAUGAAUUCAAUAUUGAUCGAAUGUUUAAA